GGAAAGGCCGGGAAUGGACGCGACGGGAACAGGGAUGAGAACGGGACCCGCAUGUCGCCUGGGUGGGGAGAGAGAACUCUAUAAAGGCCAGCAGUCCCAUGGAGGCGAAAAGUCUACUAGCAUCUCAGCAUGUCCUAUGGUAGAGAAAGGAAAAAGUGGAAGAUGGAGCUCUAUGUGCUUUGGCUGAGUUUUGCCUUCCUUCGCGCCGCCCAGGCGGUGAGCUACGACUCGGAUCGUUGCAGCCCAAAACAGGCCUUUGGAGACUGGCUUAUGCACGCCUUUGCCACGGACUGCAAGUGGUUCAUGAAAUACCUGGACGACAUGACGAUGGUCGUCGUCAAUUUACGUGAGACGGAAAGCGGAGGGAUCUACAUCGCUUCCAAGUUCCCAACCCCCUUCGGGUGCCAGAGCCUUGAGCUGGAAUUCAAGAGACAGGAAGAUGGGUCGUACGUCCACACAUCAGGAUGGGGUGAGGAAAAGAUAGAAAAGAUCAUGACAGAUUGCGAUACCUACACCAUUGUCACCAUCGCGAAGGUCAGGGGUGGGGUGACCUCCAGAUAUGCGGUACUUUAUGCCAGGGAGACCCAGGUGCGAAAGGAAGCUGAACAGAAAUUCCUGGACUAUGUGCAUCAUGAGCUGGGCUUUAAGGAGGAAAACAUUCAGAUGUUUGGUGACGAAGGUUCCUCAGAAGACUCAGCGCUGCUGGCUGUGGGUUUGGAAGUGUCCAUGGUGUCCAGUUCGGGCCUCCGUGCGAGAUUCUGAGCAUCGAACGCUGUCGUCCUGCUUAAUAAAUAGAUUCG